UUCUCAAAAAGUUUCCAUUGCCAUUUUUUUUUUCCGCGCAUUAUUUUAAAACUUGUUCUACGGCCGCCAUAUCAAGUUGCUGCGCAAUUAAACGCAGAGAAUGGAGUUAGAUCAUAAGCCGAGUGUGGAAGAGCUCAAAGUAGCCGCAUGGAGGGAGGCUCGGAGAGACGGGGUGUUUGCUGGCUUGACGUCGGCCCUGGCAGGAGCACUGGUAGGCUCUAAACUCAUGGGUUUUGGUCGGAAUAAAACUAUUAUCUCUGGUACUUUGACGGGUUUGUUAUCCGGUUACUUCUUCACCCAGGCGUUCCUGUCCUCCAACAUGGUUCGAAUGAGAUCAAAAUCUGUCUCGUCAGACACUGAAACCGACCCCUGGCCCCACGAAUAAUUCGGACAGGCAUAUACUAUUACUAACCUGUGAGUUGGCGUUGGCGUCGUACACACCGUAUGAGCCAUCGAAAUCUGUCAAAUGUAACUCCAAAUAGCCUACACGCUAUUACUAGGGCGUGGUAAGGAACACGAACCCCCCCUCAAUGCCUUAG